AUGGCACCACCUGGUCGUGGUGGUGGUGGUGGCGGUGGUACGGCCCGUGUUCCUGGCGGCGGAGGCAAGGAGCACGGCAAGGCUGGAAAAGGACAGGAUUGUGCUGAAGAUAGAGCCCAGCAGCGGCCAUCUAAGACACUGUAUGUGGUUCCGCCUAAUAACGACGACUGGAACAAGUGGAAGACAGUGUUGGAGGACUUUAAGGAAUAUAUGGAUGCACACACAGACCUCGCGGAUGCCAUAGGGGCAAACUGCUAUAAUAGUGGUUGGAAUGAUUUCGGCGACGGGAAAGACUAUCAUACGGGGCAAACCGUAGCAGACGUCGUAAGGUGCAGAGUUAUGAGUACUGCAUGGGCGUUUGCAAAUGGGUGGGAUAUGCCUGGGACUAAGACGCACACGGACGACAGGGUGCCAAUGGACACGGCAGAAGAGAAUAGGCUCAGAUGUGAAGUAGCAAAUAUAUUUGGACAUUUACUGAAAAAAAAGUAUUGCACCCGGCAAACAGGAUUCAAGAGAGGUGUAGAAUAUUCUCGGAUAGUAUUCAGGAAAAUGAACAGCCCCGGCACACCUGCAUUUGGAGCACUCCGCGGUCCUGUUAUAGAAGGCAAGUGUACAGCAUGCGGGUAUGACCAGAAUAAAAGGUCGGCACACGCCAUAAAUUUGCCUGUAGUGGAGUGGUUAUUGUACGAAGGGAAAAUAUUGCAAGGAAUCGAGAACAUAGAAGGCGGAGCGCACUGUACUAAGAAGUGGGAGCAGUAUACAAAGGGCAAGACGAAGAUGGAUAACCCGAAAGAGCUGGAUGAAGAGAAAAUCACUGAAAUAAAGCCAGAACAGGAGAACCUAAGGAAGAAAGCAACCAAGAAAAUGGACGAAGUGAAGGAAGCAUUAGAAAAGAAAAUUCAGGAAAUGAGAGAUAAGCAUAUGAAUGGCACGAAACCGGCAGAUGGAGGAGGAGACCAGAACGGGAAAAAGCCGUCGUCAACAUCACCAUCACCCGGGAGCACAGGACACGGCAGUACACGGGAAGGUCCACGGUCAGAUACAACAGCGGGAGAGGGCGUACAGGUGUCACAACCAACAACAACACAUUCGCAACCACAAGCACCUGCAUCUCCAGUAUUACCAACAACACCACCAGCCAGACCACCUCCUCCACCUCCGCCUGGAGAACAACCACCAUCACAAUCAUCGUCGGCAUCGGGAUCAGGAACAACAGUAUCGAAGGAUACCAAAGACACAGGUAAGUGCACACACGGCACUAAGGUAUAUGAAGAGAAAAAUGUGGGAAGGGGCCUCCCGGGUGCCAACUCGCGUAUCACUAUCUCCUUUGCAACGACCGCGGGAACUGAUGGUGACUGUGACAAGAAGUCCAAAGACACAGGAGCAGAUGACAAGACGGACGCGACGGUUGUGAACGCUGGUAAGGAUAACUCCGCGCCAGGACCAACAGGACCACCAGGAACAGAAGCACCAACUGCACGGGCACAAGCAACAACACCAGGAGCAUCGGCAGACGUACCACCAGCAGGUGGCACUAACACAGACCAGACCCAGGAGGAUGUGAACUCGGUAACAGCAUCCCCCGAUGGACAAACUGCACAGACUCCAAGUACCCCUGUUAGUGGUACACACACGACCGGCGUGGUUAAUGGCGCCAACGAUGACCCCCCUCCUCUCAAUCCACCCAAACCCAAACCGAACCCGGACCCCAAUCAAUCGGGAAGUAGCGGUGUAGGGGGUGGUACUGAACAGGGUACUGGUGGGGGAGGGGGUACAGGAGGAAGUUAUUCAUCCUCCGGUCCGGAACUUCCCCCCUCCAGUCCAGGUCAAGGAACAGUGCCCUCGACGACCACAACAGGGGCACCAACACCAUCAUCAGGAACAGAAACAACAUCAACAGGACAAGGAGGGGACGGUAGUACGAGUGACAACCAGGAUGCCGUCGACUCCGGUAAAGGUGGUCACGUGGAGGGCGGUAACGAUGACCCCCCUCCUCUCAAUCCACCCAAACCAAAACCAAACCCGAACCCAGAUCAAUCGGGUACAACCGGUAGCGGCCCCGGCGCGGGCGCACCAUCCUCAGGAGGUGGUGCACAUGGAGUUUCUGGUCGGGAAGGAAAGGGAGGUGCAGGUGAUGGGGGAGGUGGUGCAGGUGCAGCAGGUGCUGGAGCAGGUUCCACUGGGCCUGUGAAACCAAAUUCCUCAGGCACCGAUUCUACCGGUCAUGGUACUGCCACUACAGGAGGUGGACGUGCUGCUCCUACCCCUACCACCCCUUCCGUUCCGCCCGGCCUCACAUGGGACGAUGUCAAGUGGUACACCCCCGCGCUCAUUCCCGCGGUGGUUGGUAUUGGGGUCAUUGCCUUUUUCCUAUGGAAGUAUUUUGCGUACCUCGCCAAACGACGACGAACAUAUCGAACCCUGCGUGACGUGCCGUCACCGCCACUCGACGAAGACAUACUAGACCAUCUACAACGCGCCGCACCACCACCCGAUUACGGGUACACGAUGAUUCAGGAUAGGCAACCUGCGUCUGCUGCGGCGCGACGCCGACGACGCCCACCACGCGUGCAUCGCCGCACCAUCAUCGACCUACACUUAGAAGUGCUCAACGAAUGUGAAGCGGCCGCAUGGGAACACGUCAAAGACGACUAUUUGCAGAUUGUAUUGCAGGAGUUUGCACAGGAGUGUGCGCAGGAGUUGAUGCGGGAACAGGACACGACUAACAAUAUCUUGGGUGUUCCUACCUCGCACGCCGCUUUAGCAACCCACGAUGCGACAACCCGCGCUCCACCCACUCACACCGACGGCACAGAUCCAUGUCCACCGAAUGAACACGAACCUGAUGCAUGGAGUUGUAUGGACACCAUGCAGUUAGCCACGGACCGUUCUGCACCACAUUACUCCGUCCUCUGUGCAGUUCGUGCGAAUGCGAAUUCGGCCCCCGACCACAUUAAUUGGAUUACCUGGAUUGACCGCAACAAGUACCUAUUGCGCGCGUGCACGACGCAGCCGUGGUUUUUGCAAUUAAAAGCGAAUUGGAAACAACAUGUGCGUGAGCACAUGGCGGCAGACGAAGACCACGGGCAGCGUGCCUUCGGUGAAGUGGCAACCCUCGAGAUGCGCAAACUGCGGUUGUGGAAAGCAUGGGUUGCAAAGCAACAUGACCUUAUGAAUACAUAUAGUGAAGAGCAGUGGUUUCAACAUUUGUUGAAUAGUGUAGAGGAGGAGACAGUACCCGAAAAAGGCGAUAUACACGGAGUGGAACAUGUAAUGGCCGCAGAAGAUAUGCUACGCCUGACACAUGUACCACGGUCGCAACCACUGCAUCCGCAACUGUACAUGACAAAACCGUUAACCGCUCAAACAUGGAUACUGAUCCUGGCAUUAGUCAUAGAACAGUGCGAAAUCGAAUGUCGUUUGCAGGAGACGGAGUUAUAUGUGGAUGAUCUAUUGCAGCAACUGAGACAUUAG